AUGGCUGCAGCUGGCGCAUCUUCAGAAGAUGAAACUCAGUCGAAGUCACCAACGAUUUCAUUUAUUAAUUCACAGAAAGGAAAACAAUUGCUAAUAGCAAAUGAAUACACUUUCAAAUUAAAUAAAGCAACAACUACUACAAAAUAUUGGAAAUGUGUAGUUAAUAGUUGCUCUGCUAAAAUUCAUACAGAUGUGAAUGGUCAUUUAGCAUUAAAUAUUCAAGAGAAUGUGAAAUGUAAUCCUCUGGAAUGUGCAACAACAUAUAUGAAUGUAGGUGAAACUUAUCGUGAAUUGAAAGAUUAUACAACAGCAUUAACAUAUUAUCAAAAAGGAUUAAAAAUACGUGAAGAAAAACUGGCGAAAAAUCAUCCUGAUUUAGCUGUAAUAUAUCACAAUAUGUCGAAAUUAUAUUUCUCAACUCAAAAAUAUAGUAUGGCAAUGAAAUAUGUUCAACAAACAGUUGAAAUUGGACAAGAGAAGUUAUCUUCAACUCAUCCACAUCUCGUAGAAUAUAGAGAAACAUUUGAAAAGAUUCGAAAGAAACAGUAA